AUGUCUCUGUUGAUAUUGUCCACUUACCAUCAUGUGAGAGUACUGAUAUCGUUACAGGAACUGCGAUGUCUGCGGGAGGAUGGUGCCGAGAUCAUCGACGAAGAAUGCUUUCUCAAGCAUUUGGGGUAUGGUCUUCCAGAGGAAACGGUAUUGAAGGACGUCAAGGUCGCCAAGUCUGGACAUAUUGCUUCCCAUCAAGUCGCUUGCGACAACGAGGAAGCUACAAAAUCUGAUCAAGCGGAUGAUGAUUCCGACUCGGAAGCCGACAACAAUUGGCGUGCAGAAGCUUCGGAGAAACUUCAUCAAACAACAAUGUCCUACUGUACAUCCAUUCUUCCAAACCCUCAGGCCAGGCAGCUCACAUGCCACAUCUAA